UAGGCAUUGGCUCAGCCAGGGCCGGUUGGUGGCCUAGAGCAGGAUUUGAUUGAAAACCAACGGUGCUGCUGGCCGUGGUGUCCCCGAGGUCGAGGGGACCGGGAGUGGGCUGGGGGACGGCAGGACUGCCCCCCGAUCCGGAGCAGCGGCGACUGCAGCAGCGGCCAUGAGAAGGACGGUUUCGAGCUCGGCCUGAGGAGGGAGCCUCCGUCGGGCGGAGUGCAAUGUUAAUUCUGGGGCAUUGAUGUUUUACAAUGCCUGAUCAAGACAAAAAGUUGAAGACCACAGAAAAAUCAACUGAGAAAAGACAACAAGGAAUCACCAUCAGGGACUAUUCAGAUCUGAAAAGACUUCGGUGCCUUUUGAACGUUCAAGCAAGCAAACAACAGCUUCCAGCCAUUAACUUCAGUAGUGCCCAAAAUAGCAUGACAAAGUCUGAGCCUGCCAGCAAGAUGGGUGGACACAGGUCUCGAGGUCAGUGGCAUGAGUCUACAGAAGCUGUUGAACUUGAACAUUUUAGUAUAAACUACAAGAAUGAGAGAAAUUUCAGCACACACCCCCAGCAUGAACUCUUUCAGGAGAUCUUUACAGCCCUGGUGAAAAACAGACUCAUAUGCAGAGAGUGGGUUAACCGAGCCCCAUCAAUUCAUUUUCUGAGAGUGUUAAUCUGCCUGAGACUACUCAUGAGGGAUCCAUGUUACCAGGAAAUACUCCACAACUUGGGUGGGAUUGGAAACCUGGCUCAGUACAUGGAGACUGUGGCCAAUGAGUACCUCGGCUACGGUGAGGAGCAGCACAGUGUGGACAAGCUGGUCAACAUGACGUAUAUCUUUCAAAAACUUGCCGCUGUCAAGGACCAACGGGAAUGGAUCACCACAAGCGGAGCCCACAAGACAUUGGUAAAUUUACUUGGUGCCCGAGAUACUAAUGUUCUGUUGGGCGCCCUCCUGGCUUUGGCUAGCUUAGCUGAAAGUCCAGAAUGUAGGGAGAAGAUAAGUGAACUUAAUAUUGUAGAAAAUCUGCUGAUGAUCUUACAUGAAUAUGACUUGCUUUCCAAAAGACUGACUGCAGAGCUGCUGCGCCUACUUUGUGCAGAGCCCCAGGUGAAAGAGCAGGUGAAGCUCUACGAGGGGAUCCCCGUCCUUCUCAGCCUGCUGCACUCUGACCACCUGAAGCUGCUCUGGAGCGUUGUCUGGAUUCUGGUUCAGGUUUGUGAGGACCCUGAGACCAGUGUGGAAAUUCGCAUUUGGGGCGGCAUCAAGCAGCUUCUUCAUAUUUUACGCGGAGAUAGAAACUUUGUUUCUGAUCGUUCUUCCAUUGGAAGCCUGUCCAGUGCAAACGCAGCAGGCCGAAUCCAGCAGCUUCAUCUGUCAGAAGAUUUAAGCCCUCGGGAAAUACAAGAAAACACUUUCUCUCUUCAAGCUGCCUGCUGUGCUGCCCUCACCGAGCUAGUGCUCAACGACACCAACGCCCACCAGGUGGUCCAGGAAAAUGGUGUAUAUACAAUAGCAAAAUUAAUUUUACCAAACAGACAAAAGAAUGCAGCAAAAACUAAUCUAUUACAGUGUUAUGCGUUCAGAGCCUUGAGGUUUCUCUUCAGUAUGGAAAGAAACAGACCGCUCUUUAAAAGACUUUUCCCCACCGACUUGUUUGAGAUCUUCAUUGAUAUAGGACAUUAUGUUCGUGAUAUCAGUGCUUAUGAAGAAUUGGUAUCAAAGCUGAAUUUAUUAGUGGAGGAUGAGCUAAAGCAAAUUGCUGAAAAUAUUGAAAGCAUUAAUCAGAACAAAGCUCCUUCGAAAUACAUCGGCAACUAUGCGAUUUUGGAUCAUCUUGGAAGUGGAGCUUUUGGCUGUGUUUACAAGGUUAGAAAGCGUAGUGGUCAAAAUCUUUUAGCAAUGAAAGAGGUCAAUCUACAUAACCCAGCAUUUGGAAAGGAUAAAAAGGAUCGAGACAGCAGUGUGAAGAAUAUUGUUUCAGAACUAACCAUAAUUAAAGAGCAGCUCUAUCACCCCAAUGUUGUGCGCUAUUAUAAAACAUUUCUGGAAAAUGAUAGAUUGUAUAUAGUUAUGGAGCUUAUAGAAGGGGUCCCUCUUGGAGAGCAUUUCAGUUCUUUGAAGGAGAAAAAGCUUCACUUUUCUGAAGAAAGACUAUGGAAAAUAUUUAUUCAGCUGUGCUUAGCUCUUCGGUACUUACACAAGGAGAAGAGGAUUGUCCACAGAGACCUGACACCAAACAACAUCAUGUUGGGGGAUAAGGACAAAGUAACAGUUACUGACUUUGGCCUGGCCAAGCAAAAACAAGAAAACAGUAAACUCACGUCUGUUGUGGGAACAAUCCUGUAUUCCUGCCCUGAGGUACUGAAGAGUGAGCCGUAUGGGGAGAAGGCUGACGUCUGGGCAGCAGGCUGCAUCCUUUACCAGAUGGCGACUCUGCACCCCCCCUUCUACAGCACCAACAUGCUCUCCCUUGCUACAAAAAUAGUGGAGGCGGUAUAUGACCCAGUGCCAGAAGGUGUCUACUCUGAAAAAGUGACUGAUACCAUCAGCAGGUGCCUCACUCCUGAUGCAGAAACCCGCGCAGAUAUUGUAGAAGUCAGCUCGAUGAUAUCAGAUGUCAUGAUGAAGUAUUUAGACAACUUGUCUACAUCCCAGCUGGCCUUAGAGAAGAAGCUGGAGCGGGAACGGAGGCGCACACAGAGGUAUUUUAUGGAAGCCAACCGGAACUCCAUCACGUGUCACCGCGAACUGGCUUUGCUGUCUCACGACACCUUCGAGAAGGCGAGCCUGAGUAGCGUCAGCAGCGGAGCCUCCAGCCUGAAAAGCGAACUUGCAGAAAGUGCAGCCCUGCCCCCUGAAGGCUUCCAGGCCCCCUGCGGGAAGGAGGAAGACAGGGCCUGUGAUGGAGUCCUGUCCGAUGAGAACUUCAACUUGGAAAACAUCGACAAAGACAUAUAUUCAGAGCUGGAUGAUGAACUGGAUGUUUCAGAUAACUCGAGCAGCUCCGGGUCAAGCCCCUUGAAAGAGUCCACAUUCAGCAUUUUAAAGAGAAGUUUUAGUGCGUCAGGAGGAGAAAGACAAUCCCAAAUGAGGGACUUCACUGGUGGAAUAGGAUCAAGACCAAGAGCAGGUAAUUCAGCGCUGGCAGCAACGAAACCCUACACGCCCCCUGAAGUCCAGAUGAUCGUAUGUCACAGUUGCCUGUCUUUCCCCCUUUUUAUUUCUUCAGCUUUGCCGCCUCUUGACCUGCUUCUGAGAGUGCCACCCCUUAUGCUCCAGGCCCAUGUUAAGGAGCUAGAGGCCGAGUUAGGGACAGGGUGGCAGUCCCAUAGCGUUCCUGCUGUGAUUCUUCACAAUCUCAAAGAACAUGGGCCACAGAUGAACACAUUCUUGUGGCAAGCAUCUGCAGGGAUUGCUGUAUCCCAGAGGAAAGUACGUCAGAUCAGUGAUCCUAUUCAACAGAUCUUAAUUCAACUGCACAAAAUCAUCUACAUCACUCAGCUUCCUCCAGCUUUGCACCACAAUUUGAAAAGAAGGGUUAUAGAGAGAUUCAAGAAAUCCCUCUUCAGCCAGCAGAGUAACCCUUGUCAUUUGAAAUCUGAAAUUAAAAAGUUAUCUCAGGGCUGUCCAGAACCGAUUGAACCGAACUUUUUCAUGGCAGAUUGCCAUUUAUUACAUCAUUCAUCUGGGGGAAACAGCCUGUCCCCCAGUGACCCAACAGGUCUUCCCACUGACUUGGAUUUGGAGGAGGGAAUAACAUACGAACAGAUGCAGACUGUGAUUGAAGACGUCCUAGAGGAAAGUGGCUAUUACAACUUUACUUCUAACAGGUAUCACUCCUACCCAUGGGGGACCAGGAAUCACCCAACCAAAAGAUGAAAAUGCUGCCUUUUAACGGACUUGGUUUGCCCAGUGAAGUUCAAGUUCUGGACGUCAGCCACUACUAAGAUGUCCGAGUAUUGGGAGCUGCUAGAAGAGUGGGAAGGGAAGACCACCGUGCCAUGGCACCCACAGGCCCUCUUUCUGGAGGUCAUGUGCUCGGCUUCCUGACAGCUGCAGUGCUUGGAGGCUCCAUUCCUGGGACACAUUACACACAGGAUGUCAGGCUGUCUGGGUGCUCUUGGGAGAAAUGCUGCAAAAUUCAUUGGUGGGGAGAAAACCCACUCCUCACAGCACUGUCCUCCAAGUUAAACAAACAAACAAACAAACAAAUAAGAACCUUGACAUAUUUUUUCAAAGGAAUAUUUUAUAUGUAGGAUUGCUGAAACUAUAUUUAAAGGCAUCUAGCCUUCCAAGUAUAAAACAUAGUUUUAGAUAGAGAAAAGUAUAGGACCAAGAGUAAUAAUAUAUUGGGUGAUUCAUUGUAUUCCCCAUUUUUUUUAAUUUUAAAAGAAUUUCAAAAUAUGUGAUUGAAUUUUUUGUUGUUUUGAUGAAAGAAUUGGUUCUCAAUUAACCACUUGGGUGCUUGUGGUCUUGAACUAUGAUGCACUGUAGACAGUAUUUGUAACCUUGCACAGCCUCUGGGUACAACUGUCAAACUGUCAGAUUUAAAUUAGAUUAAUAGACUAUAUUGAUGUGUGUGUAUUUACGUACACCUGGGGGGAGCAGAGGUUUUGAUUAGGCUAAUGCUUUGCUGCUGAUCAAGCUUAUAGUAUUUUUAGAGCACUUUGAAGAGUUUAUACAAUCUAUGAAAGAGAUGCAAUAUUUUCCUCAUUCUGAGCCCCUUCUUACAAAAAUUACCCACAUUAUUUUAAAAUUUUUAUUGCUUGGGAAUUUAAAAUUAUAAUUAUUUAUAUAAUAGAAGUUCCUUCUUCAUUCACUGAGAUGUUUCUAAGGAAGAGAAGUUACACCACCAAAUCAUGUCCCAUUCCUAUGUAGGGAGAAUUUAUGACAAUUUUCCAGACUUACUGGGCUAAGAUCUCUUCAACUGGCUUCUUACACCUGGUAUAAUGCCAACAAAUGCCCUUAUUGCCAAAUCAGACCGCACUUCAAGAACAUUUUAAUUCUAUGUAAUUAGUCAUCCAAAAGCCAAAAUUGUGCUUUUUAUUUACAUCCCACUGAGUUCUGUUAUCUUUAUUUACAUUGAUAUAUUUUAGCAUGAUUGAACAGAAUUUAGUGCAAUCUAUUUACAGUGACUGAAACAUAAUAACCUUUUGUAUAGCAUGGAAAAUUUUGUAAUGUGAAUCCAUACUAUUUUUACAAUUAGUAUGUUUAAUGCUUAAAUGAUAUCCAAACUCCCUUUAACUAAUGCCUUUGAAGAUUACCUAUGAAUCUUUGUCUUUAAACCAAAGUAAUGAUUACAAAUACAUUGUAAUUUCAAAUAAUAGAUGCAGUUACAGUAAUGAAACAUUUCAGUUUCACCUUUCAAAUCAAUCCCAUCCAUAUGCGGCAUUUACAUGUAAAAUCAUAAUGCUAUGAUUUUGUUCAUUUACCCAGGCAAAAUUGUGUUCCUAUUUCAACUUAAUCUGAAGCUGCAUGAUUAGUUUUUAUAUCUUUGCAGGUACAGCCUGGGCACAUUUCCUCGCUGAGAGGAGGCACAGGCCCAGAGGGGCACCACUGUAAUUGAGAGAAGCUAAUACCUAGAAAUUAACCAAGCUGCGGGGUGAGAGUUUGAACGAUGAAGUUCUUUCUCAAAUGGUAAUGUAUAGUAAACAAAGGUUAGAAAAGCAUAGUAUUCAGAGGUUACACCUUGGUAUUUGAAGGUGUUUUCAAAUUCAUACAGAUGAUCUUAUUGACCAGAAAGGGAACAAAAUGUUUCUAUCUAAUUAACUCUUCUAGACCAAUAAAUGGUCGCCAGUAAGAAUUAACAAAAAUAAGCAAAUGAAUAUCCUUUUCAACAGCAGCUUUAGGCCAUCAACCCUACUCUGAUAGAUGCAUUCUUUUCGCCAAAAUAAUGAAUGUGUUGGAUUUGAUUUGAUUCCCGUCUUAAACUGCCUCUUGAUGUCACUGUAUCAAAAUUGUCCCAGCUCAGGGCCAAGCCUCUAAGAGGAUGUGAGGUAUGGGUAAGGGGGCCUUUGUGCAUGGAGUCAUGUCCUAACAGUGAAGUUCAGUCUUUCAAAGCCCUCACUUUUCAACUUUCAAACAAAGAACCUCCCCACUUCUAAUGAAGCAAGAACGGUCAUUUUCUUUUAACAUCUGAACAUCCCUCUAGUGCAAAGAAGCUCUUACUGGAGCUUAAUGGUUCUCAUGAUCUUUUCCUAAUUGUACUUAAAAAUUUUCUCUUUCUCUUGUAUAAUUUUUAAUUAUGUGUUGUGUAAUGAAAUCCCUGUGAAUUCAUCUAACUCCCCGCCACUGAAUAUUUGUAUGGGACUGAAUAUGAAUCAGUCUCUUCAGAUUACUUUUGAUACACAAAUGCUUCAGUUAAUUAUGUUUUGAUCUACUAGCUCUAGCUGAAUAUGUGUACUUGAAAUCUUAAUUGCUUUUUAAAAGCAGAAUGUUUCAUUCUCAGGAAAAUGACUGCAGCAGGCAUAUGUGCCUCCUGGUUGUUAACCUUGUGCUCUUCCAGAUGCUUGAUAUUUAAUUGGAGAUAUUCAGGGAAUAGUAACAGGGACACUAGACUCAGUGCUCAUGGAUGGGUUUAAGAAACUUCCAAGGUAAAUGAUGGAGGAGUUGUAGGUGGACAUUGGUGUGGCUGUGGGCAGUGUGUACAGUCUGUUUGGCAUUCUGAAGCAGAGCCUCAUUAAGAAACACUGAUGAAGUUUACCCAAAUUAUGGAACUGAUUUGGAGCUAAGGUCUUCCUAGAGGUACCUUCUAUGACUUAUUAAAAUACUAUGAAUUUUGAGGUUCAAAAACAAAUACAGGGCUGGUUGACUAUGUACAAUUCCAGCAAUAUCAUCAAUUAAUCACCACUCAUAUUUAAGACAUGAGAAGGUGAUGAUAUUGUUUAGUCAAUUCUGUCAGUAUUAAUGUGCAUAGAAUCCAUACCCCUCUUUUUGAUUUGCUGAAUUGCAAAAUACAUUUAUUGCUAGUUCUCUUUCUUGGAAUAGUAAGGACCUGUGCAUAGUAAAUAUGCUGGAUUCCUUUAGAAAUGGUUUCAUCCUGUAUCUGAAGGCAGUAAAAAAACUUCUUUUUAAGCUACUUAUUAUUGUUUGCCUUUCACUUUUUUUAUGGUGUGUGUUCAUGAGCACAGAAAUCAGCUGGAGAGGCAAUGCAAAGGGAUCAGGGCUGAAAGAGCUCCCUGCUUCCAUAUAUCGACUUUUACUCUUCCAUAUAUUGACCUUCCAUCCAAACAUGAAAUUGCUCACUUACAACAACUAAAUGUGAUAAUAAUAAUAAUAUUUUAUAUACCCUUGUGAUAUCUUUCAGAUUGUAUCCUUUGUUGUAAAUUAACAUAGUUUCACAUAGAUUAUUUUUUCCAGUUGAAAUGUGCUGCUAACAGAAUGCUUACCUCUGAAUGCUGUUUUUCAUUUUGUUAGGAAGACACAGUAUCUCAGGGAAACAACUUUGUGAUAAAGAAAUUCUUAUGUGUGUCAUUAUAGUUAAAUUGCAUAUUGUAAAUAUGACUGUUAUGGUUGAUUACAUUCCUGCGGUGAUGUUUUGAGAUUUGCAAGAGGAACAGGGAAGAUUUUAUGAUUUUGAUGGGGUGGCUGAUGGAUAUUGCCAAUUUACACACCCUCUGGGUCCAUGACAAUAGUUGUUUUUGAAGACAAAGAUCACAGGCCCUAAAAUCAUAUAGCAGCGUUCUUGGUAUGUGAGGUAUGCCAGAUCGUGUUUUGUUUUUCACUACAUAUAUGCAGCAAUGAAUCAAUAACAUAAAAUGUUUGAUAUACAGUUUAUUGCUUUUAUUCUAAAAGUAAAUGAACUCUAUUCUUAAUUGAAAACUGAAUAUUAUUCCUUGAAAUGUGACAAGCUGUUUUUUUUUUCCAUUUUGUACUAUGAAGCUUUGUACCAUGAAGCUUUGCACUGUCCCUGUGUUUAGAGGGAGCAGAAGUAUAUUAUAGCAAAUAUGUGUCUGUUUAAAUACUGUCAUUCAGAAGUCACCUACCUUUGUUUCCUCUGAACAAAGAUAGAAAUGUUGUCUUUGUAGAAAAUUCUGACAGGUGAUCAACAAGUCUGGGUAGAUGCUUGGACUUACUCUGGUGAGCUCACAAAUGAAAAAUCAGCUGAAGUUUUGUAAACAUGUAAACAAGUGGAGAAAGGUUGGAAUAGAAAUAAGCCACGAGGAACAAACGCUUCUGGCCUUAGUACCUGGGGGUCAGACUAUGAGGUCACUUAUAAAAUAAUAUUCUUAACUCAUGAUUUACUUCUCUAUUUCAAGUACCAUUUGAGUCAGGAUUCUGAAAAAGAAUAUAAAGCUUAUGAAUGGCUAUUAAAUUUUCAUUUGCCUUGUACUCUCGGUGAAUUUUGAAGGAAAUGAAGCUGGUUUAGGGAUAAGGAAUACCUUAUGUCCAGAAGAAAUAUAUCCAGUAUUUGUGUGAACCCAACCUCAUGCUGAGGGAGGGAGGUGAAUAAAUCAGAAGUGAAAUCCCAACUUGUUAAAGAUGAAAGAUGACUCUUUCUGGGAGGUGGGGUAAUCCCCAAAUAAAAACUGUGGAGUCAGAGCACAAGUAGAAGCAGGUGGUUGCACAGUGCCUGGCGUCUCCCACAGGUGGGUCACAAGUGGGGAGCCACUUGCGAGGGGCCAGGGAGCUCCAGGAACUUGAAUGAUUCCUGCUGUGGGGGCAGCUGAUCACGUCCUCCCAGCGGGCAGUGCUGUUGGACUGUUCUCUGGCACAGGCAUCAGUUAAGUUGACCGCUGGUAUCAUAGGGCCUCCUACAUUUCCCUGGUAACCUGUUGGUUGAACCCCAAGACAGGAGCCCUUAUGAAGCAUUCCCAAAGAUAGUAGACUCCUCAGAGAACCAGUUCUGCCUGCCUUAAGUGAACGUGGUUCUGCCCCUGAGACUCAUGUUUUCAUCCCCAUUUCCACCCACAGCCUCAGGCCCAUUUCAUCUAUCAGUACAAAUUUUGCAAAAUGAUAAAUUAAAAAAAUGAAAAAAAAAAAAGAUGAUAAAUGCAGGUGGAUUUGAACAUGUUUAUACUUAAUUAAAUUAGAAGAGAAACAUUCCAAGGUAUUUCAGUGGCUUGCAAGUAAACCAGUUGAUAAACAGGCUGUGGAAAGAUUUCCAUCAUUAUACUCUUCCAAAAUGGGGAACAAAAAUCACUUAAAAAUCUUUUGAGGGUGUUUGUUUAUUGACAUUUACUGGAUCAAAACUGAAUUAUAAUGCUUACUGUAUUCUGUUGCUCCUAGUGGUGAGUUUGUAAAGAUCAAACAGAGCUGUCCUCUCAAAAGCAGCACAGCCCCUAAUCCCACAUUGCCCAGGGCUUCUAUUUUUUGGACAGGCAGGGGUCUGAGACAAAGGCCUGUGCUUACAGAAUGGAAAAGUACUUUCAAUUUGCUUCCCCCUCCCCAUCUCUGUUCCAGCCCCAUCCCAGGCCUCUCUUCUGUUGCACACACAUGCUCUCCCAUUCCUAGUCGAGGAACAGACCCCUCCAAAGGUUUCCUGCAGGGAGCCCUGUUUUAUUAGAAGGAAUAUUUGCAGUCCUGAGACUGUGUGUGAUGUGGAAGUCAGAGAGAAGGCAGACCACUCUGCACAGGACUCUGUCCCUCCAAGACCUCCCAAGUACCUCCUGUGUGAGCACCCCAAGACUCCCAAGUGGCAGUUGAGGCCCUGGAAGGGAAGCAAAAUGAAAUGCCUCUGUAAAAGCUUUAUAUAAAAGAUGCAAGUAGCCUUUAUUUUUGCUAUUGCUUAAAUAUGCUCUGUAAAAUGCUAAAGAAAAUUAAAAAUCUAUUUUCAAACUUA